GGGAGCUUCUUGGACUCUCUCUCGUCUCCCUCUCUCCGUCUCUAUAUAUGUCCAGUUACUCUUCUCGAUGAGACCCAGAAAACGAAAAUCUCUCUCUUUUACCACCAACCAUUUCUUCAAAAACAGCCAUGUCACCUCAACGUCUCACUUUCAUAGAAUCUCUUAUGGACGAGAACAUCCAAACGGCUGAAUCACUGAUUUCUAAAUGGGAUUCAGAAACCACUGCCUAUGCUUGCAGCACCAGCUUGCUCUUCUCUGGAAACCGCCAACAAGCCAAAGAAUACCUAAAAGCCAUCAAACACUUACGGUCCGCCAAGCAAUAUUUCGUCGCCUAUAAUCCAUCUUCACACAAACUCGUUCGUUCGCAAACUCUCAUGCAAACCGCCAUGAAAAGACUCGAGAAAGAGUUUUACCGAUUGUUAAAGACUAAUAAAGAAUACUUAGACGCCGAAUCUGUUUCCACUCACUCUUACUCAUCAAGACCUUCAAGAGGCAGUCUUUCAGAUAUGGAGGAUGAUUCGGAGGAUGAGUUCAAAUUCUCUGACGACAAGGUUUCUGAAGUUGAACGUUCAUCUAUUGCUGCCUUGGCUGACUUGAAAUUAAUAGCCGAUUGCAUGAUAGCCUCUGGUUAUGGCAAAGAGUGCGUCAAGAUUUACAAGAAAAUCAGAAAAUCUAUUGUUGAUGAAGCGCUUUAUCAUUUAGGAGUUGAGAAACUAAGCUUUUCUGCGGUUAAGAAAAUGGAUUGGGAUCUUCUGGAGAUUAAAAUGAAGAAGUGGUUACACGCCGUUAAAACCGCUGUUAAAACAUUGUUCUACGGCGAGAGGAUUCUAAGUGAUCUUGUGUUUUCGGCUUCCGACUCUAUCAGAGAGUCGUGUUUUACCGAAAUUUGUAAAGAUGGAGCUUUGACUCUGUUUGCAUUCCCAGAAAAUAUAGCAAAGUGCAAGAAAACUCCUGAGAAAAUUUUUCGUACCUUGGACCUCUACAAAGCAAUUGCCGACCUCUGGGCUGAGACUGAGUCUAUUUUCAGUUUUGAAUCAACUUCAGUCGUCAGAUCACAGGCCGUGAAUUCUCUGAACAAACUAGGCGAGGCUGUCCGUUCGAUGCUGGUGGACUUCGAAGCGGAGAUUCAGAAGGAUAACUCAAAAUCCGGGGUUCCCGGAGGUGGAAUACACCCCCUUACUCGCUAUGUAAUGAACUACAUUGCUUUCCUCGGCGAUUAUUCCGGUUCACUUUCCGAUAUAAUCGCAGACUGGCCAUUAACGGUCUGUACCCCGUUACUAGAAGCUUACUUUGGAAGCCCCGACUCCGAGGACAACAUUUCCUCGCCAAUAGCUGUACGGCUCGCUUGGCUUAUCCUCGUUCUGUUUUGCAAACUAGACGGCAAAGCCGAGUUGUACAAGGACGGGUCACUCUCGUACUUGUUCUUAGCCAACAAUCUCCAAUACGUCGUCGUAAAAGCCCGGACAUCGAACCUUCACUUUAUCCUCGGCGAGGAAUGGGUGGUGAAGCAGGAGGCAAAGGUGACACAAUACGCUGCCAAGUAUGAGCGCUUGGCAUGGAGCAAGGUGUUUGCUUCAUUGCCUGAUAAUCCAACUGCUGAAAUUCCGCUCGAAAAAGUUCGAAACUCGUUUCGGCAAUUCAACUCGUCUCUUGAAGACGCCUGUAACAAACAGAGCUCGUGGAUCGUACCGGACGAGAAAUUAAGAGACGAGAUUAAAACUUCGUUAUGGAGGAGGAUCGUGCCGGUGUACCGUGCUUUUUAUGACAAGUAUGAAGUUAGUGCCAGUAGAGAGCCAGGUAUGGGAAAUGAGUGUUUUGCCAGAUUUGCCCCUGAUGAUUUGGCAAAUUACUUGUCGAAUUUGUUCGUGACGAAGAUUGAAAUAGCAGAAACACAAGCGUAGAAAGGCAAAAAUGUAAACUGAAGCCUCUUCCUUCCCACACCAAUAAAAAUUGCCUCAAGGUGUAAACAAAACAAAAUUUCCACAAGCUUAGUAAGCCACACAAUAUGGGGCAUUAAUUUGGUGUCAAAUUACAUUACAAAAUGUACCUGAAAAUUCGGACACUUACAAUUUGGACUAUAAAUUUAUCUUAGGCUAAUAAAGUUUAGUUAUUUUCAUUGACAA